GAAAAAAUUGCUGACAUGAUUAAGUUAGAGGAGGCUUAUAAAAAUGAGGCUGUGGUUGAGGACAGCAGCUACAGUGUCUUCAUCUCCUACGUUGAAAUCUACAACAACUACACAUAUGACCUCCUGGAGGAAACUCAGGAGGAGGCAAUCAAACCAAAACGACGACACCGGUGCGGCCGCUGCACAGUCGCUCCCGCUCUGCUGAUGGGGAGAAGUGAGUGGACCACAAACCCUCCUCCAUCUUGGAUUUGGGUACAAUUUAAGCAGCCAGUCAUCAAAAAUUCCAUGCAGGUGUCUGCACCGAGUGAGAAGGCCCUGUCGAAGUGUGACAGAUAUGUGUCAACACACCAGGAGGUGGUCUCUGAUGGUGAGAUACAGACCAAAAUUAUUUAGGUAAGGUACAAAAAAU